AUCAAAUGUCACCUUGAUUGACAACUUGACAGUGCAUGGAUCUCGAUUGUUUUUAGAAUUUUUCAUUUCAUUAUUCCGUAAUUUUAAUUUGGAUGAUUUCCUAAUGCUAUGACAAUUACUGAGGCUCUAAGCCUCUAUCAGAAUGGUUUUAAACGCCGCUGUGCAGAUGUUGAGGGAGGCAGAUGAGCUGAAACAGAAAAUAUCAAAAUUCAAGAGUGGAACAUCUAUGUUACAAGAACGCGGUCUUUGGGCCACACAACAACAGUUGCAAAAGGUGUAUCAAAAAGUACUAGUUUUGGACCUAGACUAUGCAUUGGACAAGAAAGUGGAACAGGACUUGUGGAAUGUGGGCUUCAAGCAGCAGAUUGAGGCCCUCCAGGCUAUUUCUAAGGAUAGGAAGAAUCCCCUUCGCAGUGAAGGGCAGGCCAUGCUGUCAUGGGUGCUCCAAGCUGCAGCUGGAUUCUACCUGUGUUUACUACACCAGAUCUGCACUACAUUCAAAUUGGACUUGCCAUUUAGACGGCGGGCCUCUCUCCUGGGUCUCGUAGAAGGCUGGGGCGCCGGUGAGACGGCGGUGGGUGCUCGCUUACCGCCGCCCGCGUCGGCGCGCUACAUCUGUCAACAUUGUCUCGUGCAUCUCGGUGAUUUGGCGAGAUAUAGGCAACAGUUGCGCGUCGCUCAUACGUUUUACAGACACGCGCUAGUGGUGUCGGCGCACUCGGGGCAGCCGUACAACCAGCUGGCGCUGGUGGCGUGGCGGCGCGGGCGGCGGCUGGGCGCGCUGUACUGGCACGUGCGCUCCCUGCUCGUGCGCGCGCCCUUCCCGCCCGCCCCCGCCAACCUCGCGCGGACCCUGCGCGCUGCCGCCGCGCCACAGGGUGAGCCCGUCCUGCCCGUGAUCCCGGGCGUGACGGACGGCACCGGGCCGGCGCCGGCCGCGCCCGCCGCGCGUCUCGACGCGCACUCGUACGUCACCGAGCUCAUUCGUGCCAUGCACUACAUACAUACUGUUGAAGAAUUGGACGCGGCGGCGGCAUUAGUGAAUUCUCUCAACUCUUCGCUGACUGCGCUCAUCGCGACCGACAGCUUCGAGUCUAUGACGCUCAUAAAGAUGGCAUGCGUAAUGAUCUGGCUGGUACACUCGACGACAGAAGACUUGACACUGGACAACAGCGCGUUGUCUGCGGGUGAACAGCGCGCAGCGCGGCUGAGUAGCGCGCUGGCUACCGGCACACUAUUGGCGCUGUUAUUGCCGCACUACACGGUGGAUGAGCCGCUGCAGAGAGCGCUGCCUGCACUGAAGGUGUGGCUGUCCUGGGCGGCGUGGCACCCGCGGGUGCUGGGCUGCAGCGCGUGGGUGUCGCUGGCGGCGCUGUGGCCGGCGCUGGCGCACUCGCUCAACAUGCUGGCGCCCACCGCCGCGCUGCUCACUGAUACCUACGACAGCGUCCCCCUGCCGGAGGACGAGGAGCUAGCGGGGUUCCUGCCGCUAGAGGGAGCUCUGAAGGGCUUGCGGUUCCCCAACCACGCCGCCUGGGACACGUACGGGGGACGAGUGCCGGACAUGGACGAGGAGGCCGAUGAUAAUGAUAAUGACAGCGUACCUCCAGCAGAAGUGCCAGUAACGUGCCUCAGCUCGCCCGAGCUGCAACAGCGCGUGCGAGCUCAUCGCCUGCUGCAGCUCGGCGUCAAGCUCGCGCAGCUCAGGCCUGAACAUCUGUCUUAUACUGAAGAAGACGGCAAGCUAACAUUCACGGCGUCCUCAAUGGGAGGCGAGCAGCUGUCGCAGGCCCUCGCGGCGCUGCGCGUGGCGGCCGGCGCGGGCGCCGAGCGCGGGGGCGGAGCACCCGAGCCCGAGGACGACAGCGACGACGAGCCCGCACAUCCGCCGCCGCCUAUUGUUAUAUCCGAGGCUGAUUUUAGGGAGAAAGUUCGCGAGAAGCGAGUGGGUAUCCUGAAGCCACAAGGUUCGCUAGAACGAGCGCGGGAGGAGAGAGCACUCGCCACACAGGACGAUCAGCUCACUGAGGUGGACGUGUGCGAGGACAGCAAGUGCGAGGACAAGAAGGAGCGCAAGCCGCGCGUCAACAUCGCCAUGGCCGCCAUCAUGCGCAAGCAGGAGGAGACCAACAAACAGGUGAAAUUCGUAACACCGCCACCGACACCAGAUUCCAUAGCCGACAGCACGGAAUCCAAGGAUGAUAAGCCCAAGGUCAUACAGCCUAAAGCCAUCAAAUCUCUGGCUAACAUACCCGUCGGCAGGAAGACAGGAGGUAUUCUCUCCCUCAAAGACAAGUCUGCUGGCUACCCACACCUCGUGCUGAACACAGAGCCCGAACCAUCCAAGAAGUUAGAAAAAGAAGAUAAAAAAGAUGUCAAACUCAGCCAAUCCAGUCAGAACUCACAAAGUUACCAGCAGAAGAGACUGGAACACCCUACGUCACCCAACUGGAACCCCAUACAGAAUCCUUACCCAGACGCGCCCAGGAUGAAUUUCCAGAAGAAUUAUGGAAUCCAGAAUGCUGGACUGAGUUACAACCCGAGUUACCCAGCGCCUAAUGUGAACAACCAGGGUAUUAGAUUACCAGUCGUCAAUCCCAAAGAGAUUGAUGUCAGAACAGCUGCCUUACAGAAGCAGAAUUCACGCCAGGAGUUGUUCCAGGACGGACAGAAGUUCAACCAUAAUUAUCAAAUGUCUGGUGACAAGAAAAACUUCCUGAACGACUUACCGCCGCGCUUUGCCAACCAGUACAGAUACUGGCAGACUCAAGAUAACCAGUUCGAUAAUAAGUUCCGUGAUGACAGCGCCAAACCCGCAUUGUUCCCCGCUCAGACCCGCCCCUGGCCCACGCCUGAGGUCUACCAACAACCCCCGAACUGGUGGAAACCUGAUCAACCAAACAACGUUAAUGCAAACUUCCAACAACCUUUGCAACCCAACUUUUAUUCGCAACAUUUGAACACUAAUAUACCCAAUCCCUACCAAAACCUAUCGUACAAUCAAUUACAGAACAACAUACCUCAAAAUAAGCAGGAAUCUUUCAACCAACCUGGUUACCUUCAAUCAGCUAUUGGCCAGCCUCAAUUACAGACUCUACAGAACUUAGUAACAUCGCCCAAUUUCAAUUCUUCACUAAACAGUUUUUCAUACGCACCCCCAGUCACAUACGACUCGGCCAUGUACCCUCAAUUUGGCAAUAAGCUGGGUUACCAGCCUCUGCAGAUGAAGAUGGAUAAGCCACUGGGUUACCAGGGUAAGGAGUUAAUGGAUAUGGGAGCGCUAGGGUUUGGAGGCAACCCCCUUGAUAUGCAGCAGAGGAACUUGAAUAUGAACUUCAACGAACCGCUUAGUAAUGAUAUAGGGAGUAUGAAGACUGUGGAUCAAGUUGGGAGUGUGGAGGCAGGCGCGGGCGCAGGCAGCACGUACUCGCUGUUCAGCGCGGCGCCCGACGCCGCCGCCUGGCCGCCGCACUCGCAACCGCCGCCGUCGCUAUGGUCGGGUCCGGGGCCUUCGCCCCUGGAGCGCCUGCUAGAGCAACAGAAGCAGAUGAAGCCGGCGCCGCAAUGACCUCGCAUCGGCCGGCGCCUGCGCAAGCCGCGCCCACGCUAACCACAUGCAUUCUGUAGUCCUACAGACCUAUACACGGUCUCACCAUUGGCUUCUAUAUCAUAGAAAAAUUACUCACAAACAAGAAGAAAAAUUAACUUGCUUGUUCGAAAAAAAUAAAGAUUUUUCUUGAUAUAAUCCUACACUACAGAUGUCGGAACAUUUAGUUCAAUUGUCGUAAAACGUUCCUAUUGCUUUAUAAAAGACAGUAAUAUGGAAUUUAAUUUUCGAAUCGAUGUUAUACCAAUGCGUAGUCGCAUGUAAUGAAAUUCUCCUUGAUGAUAAUAAUAAUGUGCUGUUGUAUAAAAUUGUAUAAAUGUAAACAGAUGUAUAAAGUUGACGGCGACUUUGUAGACACGUUUAGAAUUUUUGUACAAGAAAUACCGAUUUUUGGAAAAGUUACGAUUUCAAAUGUAGUCAAAUUAUGUAAAAUAGAUGUAUUUUAUUUACCUAACAUUUAGAAAACUUACUGUAAUUGUAAAAUACACUAUAGCAUGUUAAAAUAUAUGAUUAUAAAGAUGACCAGUUUACGGCCAUUGUAGGAAAAUGUAAAGUUAGGCUACUAUAGUAUUUAUUGGCUGUGACGGUGUUACUAUCUAUGUAGUAUAUUUGCUCAGAAUUAUAUAAUACGUUGGAAAGAUUGGAGACUGUUGUGGCUGCUGGUUGUCGAUUCCUAGCCAAAUAGAAAACCCAGAAAAGGUAGUUUCUUGUACAAAAAUACUAAAGUGUCCGUCUGUCGGCCGUCUGUUAAAAAUUAUUCUUAUUCUUGUACACUACAUAUUUUUGUAUGAUAUUCUGUCGUUAUCGCGUCAACGGUUACAAGAUGGCCUCGUUGCAAAAUGUCGAAUUGCACGGAAAUUAUAAUUAUUUUUAUUUAACGACUAAAUUCGAAACUUGUUUUAUUUUUUAUUUACAAGUUGUUGAUUGUUUUACUAGUCGUUAUUCUAAAUUCUAAAAUGUUAUUAUGUUUCACUUUAGUUUUGUGUUGUGUGCCUAGUUUAAGCGUAGUUCGACAUUUGCAAUGGCUUUAUUUUAAGCAUGAUUUUGUUGUGAUUUUAAGUGAAAGUAAAUUGAAGUAACCUUUGUGAAACAAUAUUUUGUAAUAAAGAUAUUUUUGUUAUUACAA